GGCUUUUUUUGGGGAGGACGUGUGACAUUUCUGCAUCACAGACGGGGAUUGGUGGACCGGCUGCAGGUCGGGGUUAUAAAGUACUGUGGAGGGUCCCGUUCAGCUUCACUGACAACAUGAAGGUCCUCCUGCUCCUCGGAUUGGUGGCUGUUGCCCUGGCUGACCUCACUCGCUUCGAGGGAGAGAAAGUCUUCCGUCUGAAGCCCGUGCUCGACAAACAUGUGACCCUCAUUAAGGACCUGGCUGACAGCAUCGAGGUCGACUUCUGGAGGCCCGAGAGCGCCGAGCUGGUGACCAUUGACAUCGAUGUGGACAUCCACGUGCCCGCCAUGUACCUGGAGAUCGUGUCCACCAUCCUGAACCAGAAUGACAUGGAGCACGAGGUCCUGAUUGAGGAUCUGCAGUCUGCUGUUGAAGGGCAGAUUGACAACGGGCCUUCUCCCAGAAUCCACAGCUACACCAAGUACAACAGCUUUGACCAAGUCCAGUCUUGGAUCAACUCCAUGGCCUCCUCCAACUCUGACCUGAUCAGCAAGCAGACCAUUGGAAACUCCUACGAGGGACGCCCCAUGACCCUCCUCAAGCUCGGUAAGAAGUCCAGCUCAACCAAGCCCGCUAUCUUCAUGGACUGUGGAAUCCACGCCAGGGAGUGGAUCUCUCCUGCUUUCUGCCAGUGGUUCGUCAAGGAGGCUCUGUCCACCUACGGCAGUGACUCUCAGAUGACCAGCCUGCUGAACGAGAUGGACGUCUAUGUCCUGCCCGUCCUGAACGUCGACGGCUACGACUACACCCACAAGAGCAACAGGAUGUGGAGGAAGACUCGCUCCAGGUCAUCUGGAACCAGCUGCAUUGGUGCCGAUCCCAACAGGAACUUCGAUGCUGGCUGGUGCACCGUCGGAGCCUCCAGCAACCCCUGCAGCGACACCUACUGCGGCUCCAGACCUGAGUCCGAGAUCGAGGCCAGGAACGUCGCCGACUUCAUCCGCAGGAACAAGUCCACCAUCAAGGCCUACAUCACCGUGCACUCCUACUCCCAGCUGCUGCUCUUCCCCUACGCCUACACCUUCGGGUUGGCUGCCACCCACGGCGAGCUGAUGAAGGUUGCUGAGGGAGCCUCUGCCGCUCUUCGCAGUCUGUACGGGACUAGGUACACCAGCGGCCCCGCUGCUGCAACCAUCUACCCCGCUGCCGGCGGCUCUGAUGACUGGGCCUACGACCUGGGAGUGAAGUAUUCCUACACCUUCGAGUUGCGUGACACUGGUCGUUACGGCUUCCUGCUGCCAGAGUCUCAGAUCAAGCCCACAUGCGAGGAGACCAUGCUGGCCGUCAAGUACAUCGCCGCCUACGUGCAGAAGAACCUCUAUUAAAGAGCCGCACUGCCAGGACCCCUGCCAACUGCGCUCCUCUGCAGCAGCCCCCAACCCUCCAACCUCUCAGCCAUCCCCAGCCUGUAUCCAUGGAUACGGGCACCUCCCGCCAUGUUUCCUCGCUGUGCUUGACAGAAUGUCAAGAUGAGUGCAAACAAUAAAAUCAAUGAUCCAUUCCCACAUGCUGAA